AGUAAUUCUAAAAAAUGGAUAUCACUGCAGAAGCAAAGAAGAGACUAGACACUAUUGAUGACGAUAAGAUCUUGGCUAGACUCAAAAAGCAGGGCAAGAAGCACAAGAAGCCUAAAAUUGAAGAAAGUCAACCCCAAGCAGAAGAAGAGAAAGACGUCAGGUUAAGAAUCACCGAAGAGAUUAUUGAGGAAUGUGAUGAAAUUCAUGAAAAAUAAAAGGAAAAAGAAAUCCAAAAAGCAAAAGAAGGAGCAUAAACCCUCUUCCAAGGAUGAUGACGAGGACCAGAAAUAUGCAGAGAAAUUGAUGAAAGAAAUUGACAGCACCAAUGAGAUGAUCUCUUCGAAAUUAAUCAAGAAGGAAGCUCAAUCAGAAGCUGUCCAGGCAGGAGUCUUAGAGGCCAAGAAGAAGAGAGACAUCAAAAUGAAGGAUAAAUUCGAUCUUUUUGAUAAAGCACAAGAAGGGUCUAACCCUUUCGAGGAUUUUUAAAGUGAUGAUUUAGGAAUUUUC